AUGAAUGGUCACAUGAUUUUCUGCUCAAUCUCCUUGGAAACCGCCUUGCCUUACUCGCAUGGAUUGGGCAAGAUGUUCUCCAAGUCAUUGCAGUUAGCAAUGGCAAUGGCAUGGUAUCGAGGUGGUAGUAGUACGGACUCAAAUGCUGACCGCUCGCUCGAAUACAUCCUCGGCUUGGUGCAUAUGUAG